CAACGGAGUAGGAUUUUUUUGUGCGUGCGAUCCCGAGCAGUCAAGUUUUCUCGUGUCGAGGGCGGACCAGCUCAUGGCGAUUUUAACUACGGACUCAAAGUAAUGAACGAACUUUCAAGUGCCAGUAAAACAGGAAAAUCUCGUGGCAAUUUUGAUUGAAGAUGCAUGUGAAAUAAUUGUUUAGUCUGGUAAUCGAUGUAUGUGAAUCGUGUGCGUUUCUCAAAAUGUGAAAAGAACAUGUUAUGUGGAUCCUGCAUUUGCUCAGAAAAAGACAGAAAAUCAGUCGCAUUCACCAGUUGCGGAGCGGUACAGUGGAUGUUGGAUUUUUCAGAAUUGCUGUGACCGAAAUUUUCCACUGCUGUUCCGGUCGUGUUGGGACGUAUGCUUGUCCGGAUUUUGGCGAAGAUCGCACUGGAGACGGGCUCAAAUUCUAGGAAUAGAAAAAUUACAUCCCGUUGUGUGCUCCGAAGUUGCUGGCGGACAGCAGCAGCUGUGUGUGAUGUGUGGAAAAACUUUAGUUUCUGUAUGGGAAAAGUGAUGAUAGUCUGGGCGGAAAUGGUUCUGAGCUGGUGUCUUUGUUUUGAUGAUUAGAACUGAACGAAGGAAGUCUAACGUUGAUCAGUACCUGCAUCAGCGGCUAACAUGAAGCAAAAAUACACCGAAAUACUAAGUAAAAGUUAAAUAUUGGUGCAGCAAAAAUAAUAAAAUACGCCUCAAACAACGUAUGGAAAUUCAGCAAGUAGACAACGAGACCAACAAUCACCGAAAGUAAUUGCAGUGACUGUAAAUUUCAAUUGAGAAAAUAGAUUUCUUCAUUAUCUAAAAUUGAGGCUAAGGAUAAAACUCAUCGUUGUUGGCCGUGUACUAAAAACAUAAUUAGAAUACUGCGAUGUUCACUUUCACAGCUCUGCGUAGAUUGAGUGGGUAAAAAUUAUAAAGCCGAUUCAUACGCAGUUUGAUUGAUCUGCAUUGGGUGGUGCAAAGCGUACAGCGAUAGAAAACGAUCGACGGUCGGUAGUCUGCCCACCUCUAACUAAUGCACGUACUUCGUUGGAACCAACCGGAAGAUUAUCAAUUAGGUGGAGAGCGAAUGAUCGCUUCGAAUCACAUCAUUACACUGCGAGGAUAUGCUACUUAAAAAUCCGCAUCCGUAUGAGAUGACCCUUUGUGAUAUCUAGAUUUUAAGGGAUACGUUCAACAAGUACAUCUGAAUGGGAACAGUGUAGGAGAUUCGAAUUGUGUGCGCUCAAAAACAAAAAUCGACCGCAAACUAACGAAGCCAACCGCUCACUAUGACUAGUAUAUCGUAUAAAACUACAACGACAACCGGAGGAGAUGCGAAUGGAUGCAUUGCCGCGGCUGCCUCGUCGUCCUCAUCGGCGGUGGCGGCCGUUUCGCUUAUGUCGGAUAAAUCGAUUACGAUGACCCCAUCGCAGCUAGCAUCGGCCACAACGGCAGCUGCUGUGGCUGCCUCGAAUUUGCUCUCAACGGCGGCGGUCUCCAAUCCUUCGAGUGCUCUGUUUGCCGCUGCUGCUGCCGCGGCAGCUCACCAUCAGCAGCAGCAGAACAACAACUACCAGAGCAAUAGCAGUAGCAGUAGUUUAUAUAAUAAUGAUAAUAAUAGCAAUAAUAAGGCACAGUCUAACGAUAAGCUAAGCAGUAGUAGUAGCAGCGGCAUCGGGAGUGGCACUAGUGGCACCGGAGAGGAGUACGAACGGGCCAAAUACAAAACUCCACAGGAGGUGAUGCUGUUGUACAUGGAUAAGCUCACCCAGUAUGAACACCACGAGAUCUAUCAGUAUCCGAAAAUCUAUUUUAUCGGAGCAAACGCAAAAAAGCGAAGGGGUAUUAGCAACUCGGAGUAUGACAACGAACAAGGCUCGUACAUUCACAUCGCUCAUGAUCACAUUGCGUACCGUUACGAAGUGCUGAAGAUCAUAGGUAAGGGAAGCUUCGGCCAGGUGGUGAAAGCGUACGAUCACAAAAAUCACCAGCAUGUGGCUCUGAAGAUGGUCCGAAACGAGAAACGGUUCCACCGGCAGGCACAGGAAGAGAUUCGUAUUCUGAAGCACCUUCGUUCACAGGAUCGAAUGAACUCGAUGAACAUCAUCCACAUGUACGAUUAUUUUGUCUUUCGGAAUCACAUGUGCAUCACGUUCGAGCUGCUGUACAUUAACCUGUACGAAUUGAUAAAGAAGAAUAAAUUUCAGGGCUUUAGCAUACAGCUUGUUCGAAAAUUUGCUCAUUCCCUGCUGAAGUGUUUGGAUGCACUCUACAAGAAUGAGAUUAUACAUUGUGAUAUGAAGCCAGAGAAUGUACUUCUGAAGCAGCAAGGACGUUCCGGCAUCAAAGUGAUCGAUUUCGGCUCGUCUUGUUUCGAGCAUCAGCGGGUAUACACCUAUAUCCAGUCAAGGUUCUAUCGGGCACCGGAAGUGAUUCUCGGGGCAAAGUACGACAUGGCGAUCGAUAUGUGGUCGCUGGGUUGCAUUCUUGCCGAACUGUUCACGGGGUUCGCUCUCCUACCCGGCGAAGACGAGGCGGACCAGUUAGCAUGUAUUAUUGAACUGAUAGGAAUGCCACCGAAAAAAAUUCUCGAAAACUCAAAGCGAGCGAAAAACUUUAUCUCAGCUAAGGGAUAUCCACGGUAUUGUAAUGUUAAAACGCUAGAAGACGGAACCACUAUGCUAACGGGUGGCUUUUCCCGACGGGGAAAGCUAAGGGGUCCACCCGCAUCUCGUAAUCUGGUGAAGGCACUGAACGGAUGCGAUGAUCCACUGUUUUUGAAUUUCAUCGAACGCUGUCUUCGGUGGGAUCCGGCGUCGAGAAUGACUCCCGAAACCGCAUUGAAUCAUUUCUGGUUCAGACGAUUGCUACCGCCGUCGCCUAACGUGGCCACAAUCACCACCACGAACAGUCCUUCUACAUCGAGUAAUUGUCAAAAUAGCCAUAUUAACAAAGUGCUGAAUAUCGCGUAUGCAUACGCGGAUCAGCAAGCAUCUUCGUUGGUGACAACGUCGACCUGCAAUUCUUUGAUGGCAUCGCAUCAUGGCAACUCCAGCUCGUUACAGUCGCUACAAUCUGCGUCGCUUACCUCGUCGGCUAUAAGCAUUCCGGCUGUGAGUGGCAGUGUGGGAGCUAUCGGUGGCGUUGGCAUCGUCGGGAGUGGAGGAACGCUUGGCCGAUCUGCGGCCACUACUAUCAUCGAUAUUCCGUACAAUCCAAACGAUAAAAAAAGACUAUUGAACAGCUCCCCACAGGCAGCGUCUUCACUAACCUCCAACCCCGGGCUGGCCUCCACUUCCUUCGUAGAUUACGUGGUCGUCAUCGAGUGAGUGCAACAGACUUCUCUAUUUUUGUAGUACUUGGGGCAUUGAACGAAGGCAAAAUUUUGUUUUGUGCUGAGUAAAAUAGUGCGAGAUUAGGGGAAAUUUUUUUUUUUAGCAAUAAUGGCUUUAGCCCCUUCGGACACCAGAUGCAUGCUAGGUAAAUGAAAGAGGCGCAAAUCCCCUAGAACGUAGAAUCAAAACAACAAAUUAACAAAUUCGAAGACGAUUAGUGUCUUGUACUGAUAGACAGCGGACAAAGUGUUAUUUAAUAAAGCAAAACAGAACAAAAAUAUUUGGUAGACAUAUUAUAAUACUGUAAUGUGUAGCCUGUAGUAGCGACCACAGAGUACCACAGAUGCGAUUGCGAUGGCUCGGAAAGUAUUCGAGCGACAGCUAAUAUAUCUAUGUAAUAAUUUACUGCUAGGGUAGUAAGCAAAAAGGCGAAAACACUCAUUAAUUGAUAGGACCUAUGUAGUAGGAGUUGCAAGUAAAUAAAUUUAUACUAUGAGGAUAGAAUAAUUUAAUUUAAACUUUUGUGUAUAGGUAAACACUUAGCAAAAUGUGGAGCAUAAUGUGCGAGAGACGUUAGUAGUUUGCUGUUUUAAACUGUGAACAUUUAUAUGAAGCAUGAUUGAAUACAAAACAAAAUAUUUGUAACGUGUAACAGCAACCGGUUCCAGUUGGAUUUUACUAAUGUGACAACUAUAAUAGUGAAGUGAAAAUGUAAAAUGUACGGAAAUUAUAUCAUUGUUAAAAGUGGUGUGACACAACUCUUUUAUAACGAAAAAAUAUGGACUAAAGCAUUGAGCUAUAGCACGUAUAAAUGCGGACAGAAUGCAUUGUUAGGAUGUGAUUGAGGAUUGUUCAGGCUUUUCCGCAUAAGGAGAUAAAUUAUCAAAAAAAAAAACUUAAGCUAGAUAAUUCAACCAAUCGUAAUCGAUUGCUAGUGGAACACAGUUUAGUAGCAACAAACAGAUACAAAACAAUUGAUUUAUAUCACACUAAAACGUACUUUGCAAAGAAUAAAACAAAAACAUUUGCUGAAAUAAGAUUUUUCUAAACAAAAUAAUAAGGCUGUUAAAGCGCGCAUAUCGACUGCACCAACUAAUCAAACAUGAGUACAUAGCUGCUGUAUGUGCUGCGAGCAAUGUAAGACGGGAAUAGAACAAGGAUUUACACUCAUGACUAUAGAAUCGCACUUUUUCUAGUGACAAUUCCGGACACUUCUGCAUUCUCUUCUUUACUGCCGCUGCCACUUACGACAAAAUAAGUUGAACCAUUCAAAGGGUCCAGAGUGCGCUUUGCUCUCUAUGUGGCAAAUCAAAAAUGCGUAGCUUAUUUUAUUUAGCGAUUUCUGUAAGGCGCUAGUGUUCAAACCCAGUUAUAUGAUCUCACCUCAUCGCCCAUUUUAGCCUAUUUGAAAAACCCAACCUAAGUUGUGUUCCAUUGAAUGUGUGUUUUUGUACUACAAUUGGUGGCCUAUAAAUGCUUAAAAAGUAAACUCCGUUAAUACCUACUAGUUACGUUAUUCAUUUUCACUUAAAAAAGAAAACCUGCCUUGCAGCAACAGCCAAGUCACUUGCAAGAGGCACAACUAAGACACAUUAAAAAUUACGUAACAGAUACAAAGAACAAGUUGUGAGAAUACAUUUUAGGGAAUCUUGAUAACUAUCUAUUAUUCGGAAUGAAAACAAAAAGAAGCUUUUAAUCAUAGACGAGAAACAAUGGCUGAUACAUUCAAUCGCUCCUUGAUACAACACUACCGUAGCAAUUCCGCCGAUCGCUGAUACAUUCAUAAACAGGAACACGGAUUUGAAGAGUUAGAUCACUCCUCUGCGUGCUAGAAAUCCAAAUCUCUAAUUUUGACAGCAGCCAAUGCACCAGCAGCGCCAUAGAAUCUAAAAAUCAUUUGUGCACUUCCACAUUGCGCAUUUAUUGGGACUGUUUUCCACGAGUCAUUUGAAAAGGUUGAAAACGUAACCGUGCAGGUGUCGAGAAGUAAAGUCGAGCAGAUCAAUUUGUUAGGAAAAAAAUAAGGAAAACGUAAAACUAAGUGAAACAAACUGCCAAUAUAUAAGAUCACUAGUGGAAAAUGAUUCAUCCAUUAUUGUCACACAUGAAAACGUCAUUACCGUUUAACAGUCAUAUUGAAUUGUGUAGCCACCGUCACCGUACCGUCAUAGAUUUCGUCAACCUAGGAUGAAGGAUAGAGAAUAUCGGAUCUAAGAUAAUAAAUAUUGGAAGCCACAUCUUUCUCUCUCUAUCUACACGUUCUCGUACACCCCAUCGGAAAGGAUGCGUUAUCCCGACAUUAGCUAUCAUCUAAAACUUACAAUAUACAAAAUAACCAGUCAUACACAACACACUCUAGAAUAUUUGUAGCUGUAUUACCACUUGUAUACAAUCAACUUUUUAUAAAAACAAAUUGAAUAGAACAAUUUAUCGCUAAAAACAUGAUGCAAUUCCAUAAAUUUUUUGUUUAACUUUUGCUAUAGGAGGCCGGGCAGUAGCGCUAUCUACCUAAUUAGAUGCAAAACUUUGAUAGUCACUCAAAGCUAGAUAUUUUUAUUCCGAAAGGAAACUAUAAAAAUGCUGAUAAAUGCUUGAAUGCAAUGCUAAUAAAUGCUUAAUUUGGUGUUUCAGAACCUUUCCUCUUUUGGAUUGCAUAAUUUCUUCAUGAUAUAUUUGUUUUUCUCCACGGGAGGCUCCCUGGUGGUCCCUUUAAUUCAUUUCAACGCACAGUUCCGGUCAUUUCCAUUAACAUUCACAGCCCAACACAAAAUCAAAGUCGAAUUACAAAAUAAGACCGCUUGAGGAAUGCCGUUCGUUACGACGAACAGCGGCGUAAUGUUGUAAAUUUUUACAAAUCACACUCACUCUAGUUUUAGCCCCUAGGUUCUGCGCCGAAUUGAAUUUGCUCUUCGCUUUCGAUUGCGUUCUAGCGGGCGAAACAAUAUGACACUAUACCAUUAAAAAAAAUUGUGAAAACAACAUAACAAAUGGACUGUAUUACUAGUGAAGGUAAAAACUAAUAAGUAAACAGAUAUUUGUAGAUAAAACAUAAAACAAAUAACGUACCCUGCAACGUAGUUCGACCAGCUUCCAUGCGUUCAGAUUAGUUUGCAAUGCAGCAAUUCAGAUAUGGCAAUUUUGUUCGGAUUCAGGUGUUCCUUAGUUUCGUAUACCUCCCCAAAAACCAACGUUUAGAUGGGGGCAGCGCGCAGGAUAAAAACAAAACAACUACAAAUACUCAGCGAUGGUAUAAAUUAAAACAACAAAACAAGCGUGUUGCCCCUCCAGUUUUCUUCUUCCCUAAAACAUUGAUACAAUGAUAGUGAAAAAUUAAACUUUAUAAUCAAGCAUAUACAAGCGUUACUUGUAUAUAGAAGAAAAGUAGUGGAUUGGGAACCCCUUGACUUGAACCACACUGUUUGUAGACCUCAAUUGGAAUGAGAACAAAACAAAACAAAAAAAAAAACGUGCAGCAAACAUGAAGCAACAGCAACACAGCACACGAUGAAAUUCUUAUACGUUGUUGCGACAGAACGACAGAGACAUUAUAAGUUAGCGCAAUGAUGCAAGAAAGUGAACUAUAUUAUAAGCAAAACAGUAAAAAAAAGCAUGUAUAGAGAAAAAAAUAUAUGUCG